CGGUCAGCGCGGAGCCAGAGCCGCGCGUCCUGUCCCCAGGCCGACGCCAGCAUGCCGCCAUGGACGACAGACCCCUGCCCAGCGGCUUCGCCGUCUUCACCACCUUCCCCGAGCUGCUCUUCAUCUGGGAGCUUGUCUUUGGGGGCCUGGUGUGGAUCCUGAUCGCCUCGUCCCUGGUGCCCUUCCCCCUGAUCCAGGGCUGGGUGAUGUUCGUGUCUUUGUCCUGUUUCAUAGGCACCACAGCCCUGCUCUUCGUCUACAUAACUGAUGGCAAUAAAUGGAAUAUUCCUUGUUUAGAACAGGACACAACCUACCACUAUAUAGCCUCCCUGUUUUACCUCAGCGCCUCCGUCCUGGAAGCUUGGGCCACCGUUACCAUGGAAGGUAGCGUCACUCGUGAACAUUUUCUUGAAAACGUCUUUGCUACAGUGUUUGCAUGCCUAGUCACUCUGCUGUACAUGGUGCAUGCGUGUUGUCUAUGCCGCUGAUAUACUGAAGUUUAGCUGAAAACCCAGACGGUGGUAACUGAUCGGCCUGCCUUCCAGCAUAACUUUUUAGAAUGCAGAAAUGCUCUAGAUGGUGGAAAAAAGAAACCAAAAGAAGAGCAACACUCUGUUUCCUGUGGGUGUUAUGUUGACUCUCCCACAUCCCUUCCUGUCAGGGUUGGGGAUUUGCUGGGUUUAACCUCCAACUACUGAGCCAUCUUUCAGGGUCAUUUCCUAUUUGUGACAGGAGGCGGUGGGGUGGGAAGUGGGGACUGUGAUCUGAGAGACCACGAAACAGAGAUCCCUUGCUGACCACUGGACUGGAUCUUGAGAACUCUCUACUGGAAUUUUCCACAGGCUCUCUUGAGCACCCAUCCUAUGGCGUGUUUCUGAGUCUUCGUGGAUAUUCUCAUGUCAUAGGGAUAAAACUCACCCAACAAAUAUUUGCAGAUGUCCACAGUGGAACAUAGACAUUUGAAAUACUUUAUAAAGUGCCUUUGUGUUCCAUACUUUUGUAGGGUGUUUUUUGGGUUUUGUUUUUAAUUCCCCAGUAUCAGGAACACUGUCAUUUCAGUUUCUUUCUGGGGAAUCCUUUGGCUUAGAUGGAAUCUCUAGAGGCGGCAUCAAAUGGCAGUUCAGAUGACAGCUGUGUGUGCUCGGCCACUGCACUCAGGGAGCCCAGUGCUCGGUCUCCCACCCUCCCAGCUACCAGGGGCAUCAGAUGGCUUCACCCUCUCUGGAAACUUGCCAAAUACCAGCCUGGGGGUUCCCCUUCUUUUUCCUACAAGGCAAAGGGAUCUGUGCUCAAUUUGAAAAUCCUCAAGCCACAAGAAAACAAGGUGCAGAAGUUUCUUCUCACUCCGUGAAGCUGAUCAGAAAUGUUCUGGGCAGUGGACUGUGUGUUCUGUUCCAAUUAGUCAUGUGGAUAAUAAACUGUUUUUAGGGUUUCCUUGGGCCGCUCCAGAGGAGAGGAAGGGGACCAGACUACAGAGUGACAGGAAGUGAGGUGACAGUGAUGAGGCCACAUUUUGGGGUGAGAUGUCCAGGUGAAAGGAGAGGAGAUGAUAGGAAGGGGCCCUCAGUCAGGAACCCUGAAAGUCAGCUCCUGGUGUCAAGUGCUCCUUCAUCCUUCCCUCAGAGAACCCAUGACAUUCCAGAGCUGGACUCUAGAACAGGGGCCUCAGAAACCGUUCAUCCCCUAGCUGUGGAGGCGGAUGGGCAGGAGCUGGCUGACCUCUGGGGAGUGACCAUGAGGACAAAGCUUCAAGCUUCAGGCAGAGGUUUCACUGGGUGACAUUUCCUUGUCUUCCACCUUGGGGACCCAUGACUAACUUGGGUCUCAGUGGUGUCUCCAGGAGGUCCUCUGUUAUCCCAGGAUAAUUAUACCAGAAAAGGGCCGCUUUUAAUGAGUCCACUUAAAACAUAUUUAAGUAAAAAACUUCAUAGUAAUUUAGGAGCAAAAGGUUUGAUUGGGGCUUUAUCUUGAAAAAUUAAAGUACAAAUUAAGAAAUGGUAGGAAGUUUGUCACCUGUUUCACAAAAUGUACAAUCAAGUGUUGAUUGAGGGAAGUCACAUUUUCAACACAACUACCUGAUCGCAUUAGGGUAGCCAGCACCAUGAUGCUGACAGAGGCACACUGUUGACCCCCUUCAAAAAAAAGACACCAAAAGGGGCUGGCCCAGUGGCGCAACCAGUUUAGUGCGCGUCCUCCGCUGCGGCGGCCCGGGGUUUCGCCGGUUCAGAUCCCGGGCGGGCACCUACGCACUGCUUGGGAAGCCAUGCUGUGGCAGCGUCCCGUAUAAAGUGGGGGAGAAUGGGCACGGAUGUGAGCCCAGAGCCAGUCUUCCUCAGCAGAAAAAAGAGGAAGAUUGGCAGAUGUUAGCUCAGGUCUGAUCUCCUCAGGAAAAAAAAAAAGAAGACAGCAAAGUGUUAGUUAUAUUUCCCAAAGGUUUCUCCAUGCUUUGAAAUUUUAAUCAUUCUCUUUAAAUAAACUUUGAUAUGCUCUUU